CGGAGCGCCCCUUGCCGGGACCGGGCAUUUGGGGGGCUCCAGCCCAGCCCGGCCCCGCACGGAGCGCCCCGCCGGGACCGGGGGGCUCUAUCCCAGCCCCGCUGCUCCCCCUCGCCAUGAUCAUCCGCCCCCGCCGCCUGACCCCGGGCUACUUCAGACUGCUGCAGAUGCAGCUGGCAGCGGGACGCGAGGCUGAGCCGGGGGGGCGGCUGCUGACCCCCCUGGCCCUGCUGCUGGCGGCCGCGGGGCUCUGCCUGUCCCUCUACAGCGCCCGGAGAAUGGCUGACCCUGCCAAGGCCCCCCCGGAGCCCUGUCCCCGCCUGUUCCCGCCUCGGGCAGCCGGGAUGCAGAACGCAGAAGCCGCUUCCAGCUCCGGAGCUGCCGGCUGAGCCCGAGCCACGGGGGACAGCGGGAUCAGACCGCCAGAGCAGAGGCUGGACGGACGGACGGACAGACAGAGGGACGGAAGAGCCGGGAGCUGCAUCCAUCCCCAUCCCCCGCGGGAGCAGAGGGGGCUGGGGACACCGCUGGGGCCACAGAGCCCCUCUGUCCCCAUGGGAACGCGCGGCGGCCCCGCAGGAAUGAGGGCAGCGCUGUGUUAGAUAACGGGCAGGGGGGACACGGGCGGUGACGUGACCCUGGGCAGGGACAUCACAUCCGUGUCCCUGGAUGGGCACAUCCCAUCCGUGUCCCUGGGCUGGCACAUCCCACAGCCUCCCCAGCUCCCGCAGAGCUGCAGCUCUCCCUCCCUCCCCCAGAGCCUCGGGGACAAAUCCAGGCAGGCUGCGUGGAAA